AAUGGCUGAGUACGUACAUACGUAUACCCGUUGAGUCUUCACCCUUUUCUCAGAAUUAACUUCUCAUGAAAUGCCUUAUGAAAUGUGACUCAACUCUACUACCUCUGCCACUAUCAUCCGCUUUCGCCAUCGGAUAUCAACUUCUUUGCCGGUCUUUGAGUUCGUCAAGUUCCACAGAUCAACGUAAAUGGAACCCAAAGACCAGUGUGAUCAUUACGAACCCAACUUUAUUUGCCAUGGAGUCUUGCGCCACCAUGCUCGAGAUGAAGCAAAUUCAAGCUCAAAUGACUCGCACUGGCCUCAUUACCGACACUUUUCCGGCGAGCCGGGUCUUAGCCUUCUGCGCUCUCGCUGAUUCGGGCGACAUUCGCUACGCGCACGCUUUCUUUAACCAGAUUGAGAAACCCAAAACUUAUAUGUGGAAUACAAUGAUCAGAGGCUAUUUGAAAGCUCAAUUUCCUGAAAAGGGGUUUUCCUUCUUUGGCCAGAUGGUCCGGGAAGGCGUCGAAAUGGACAGGCUUAGCUUUGUUUGGGUGCUUAAGGCAUGUGGGAACUUUCCGGGAAUUUCAAAGGGAAACUUGGUCCACUGUGCGAUUUGGAAGAUGGGUUUCGAUAUCGAUUUGCUAGUACGAAAUGGGCUUAUACACUAUUAUGCUGAUCGUGGUUGUUUAUUAGUUGCACGCAAAGUGUUUGAUGAAAGUUCUGUUAGGGAUGUCGUUACUUGGACUACGUUGAUUGAUGGGUACACGGCCCGUGAUUGCUUGGAUAAGGCUACGCAAGUAUUUGAUUCAAUUUUGUUAAGUAAUGUUAAGCCGAAUGAGGUUACUAUGAUUGCAAUGCUCUCGGCUUGCAGCAGUAAAGGGGAUAUGCGCAUGGGAAAGCGUAUCUAUUAUUAUAUUACGAUGGAGAAUGUAAAUUGCAGCCUUAAUUUGCUCAAUGCUACAUUGGAUAUGUUUGUGAAAUGUGGUCUCUUGAUCGAAGCAAGGAAGAUUUUUGACAAUAUGAAAACCAAGGAUGUGUUUUCGUGGACUAGCAUGGUUAAUGGGUAUGCUAAAUGGGGAGAUUUAGAUUCUGCAAGAAGCUUCUUCGUCUGCAUGCUUGAAAAGAAUGUGAUAUCUUGGACUGCAAUGAUUGCAGGCUAUUCUCAAAAUAAUCAACCAAAGGAAGCCCUGAAAUUGUUUCAGGACAUGAUGAAAGCAGGUUUGUUUCCAAUAGAGAAUACUUUAGUGUGUGUUAUCUCUGCGUGUGGCCAACUGGGUUGCCUGGAUUUGGGCCAGUGGGUUCACAGGUGUUGCAUCAACCCUAAAGGGGUUCAACAAAGUGUCAUAUUAAGUAAUGCACUUAUAGACAUGUAUGCCAAAAGUGGGGGUAUUCAUACAGCUGCAAGUCUCUUUAAUGAAAUGCCACUGAGAAAUUUGGUUUCUUGGAAUACUAUGAUUGGGGGAUAUGCUUCACAUGGUUAUGCCAAGCAAGCACUUAUCCUCUUUGAGCAAAUGAAACAAUCAGGAUUUGAGCCCGACUCUAUCACAUUCGUAGCUGUCUUGUCUGCCUGUAGCCAUGGUGGAUUAGUCUCUGAAGGUAGAGAGUACUUCAAAAGCAUGAUAAGGGAUUAUAAAUUAGAGCCCAGAGAAGAACAUUAUGCUUGCAUGAUAGAUUUACUUGGUCGAAUUGGACUGCUGGACGAAGCUUAUCAUUUGAUCACAAAUAUGCCAAUGUUACCAUGUGAAUCAGCUUGGGGUGCUCUUCUUAGUGCUUGUAGGAUGCAUGGAAAUGUUGAGCUGGCUAAGCUUUCAGCUCAUAAACUUUUAGAAAUGGAUCCCCAAGACAGUGGUAUCUAUGUAUUGCUGGCUAAUACCUUAGCUAAUAACAAAAGAUGGGCUGAUGUGAGGAGGGUUAGGAGCAAGAUGAGAGAGAUGGGGGUCAAGAAGAGUCCUGGUCGUAGCUUGAUAGAAAUAGAGGGUGAAUUCCAUGAAUUUUUGGCUGGGGAUGAUUCACACCCUCGGUCCAAAGAGAUUUAUAAAAUAAUAAAUAAUAUAUUAUUGCUCUCUGAUUUGAGGGACUACAUACCUUAAACAUGUUAAACAUCUUUAUGCAUAUAGGAUGAUGAUUCCCAACAAGAGUAAUGCAUAUAGGACUCAGUUUUAGUUUGCAUAAAAACAAUUUUGAGACUUAAUUGGAUAGGUGUCUACUACCAAUUUUGAUUAUUUUCAUUCAUUUUUUUUCAUCCACUCUUUUUAAGCUUUUGAUGAGCUAAGCUAGUUUGUAUUUUUUUCUCCUUCCAAUUUUGUUUUUCAAAAAAUUAGGAAAGAAAAGAGAAAGAGCAUCUUUAACUUCAAACUCCUCCCCUCACCAGCCCCUUAACAAUUUAUUAUUAUU